UUGUUUUUCCCCAAAUUAAUCUAAUACGCAGCUUCGAUCUAUCUUCUCGCCACACUUUCCAAAGCCAAGGAGUAAAAACGAGACAAGCUAAUCCUUCAACCUAGGGCAACCGGCGGCAAGCUAAUCCUUCAACCUAGGGAAACCGGCGGCCGACGACUGGUGAUCGGCGAGCUAGAGACGGACCUUGAGCGAGGCGGACUAGUGCGACUCACGACGGACGGGAGGUGGUGCAGGACGAAGUCUGAUGGCUUCGGCCGGCUAAAGGCGGCGGCGCUGCGACGGACGAAGUCGGGCUUGAACUGCGGAGGGCAUCUUGUUGGUGGCGUUCAGGCCAUCCUCGGACGGCCUACGCGGGCCGCGCUUGGUGGCCGUCUUCUUGACCGCUGCUUCCGUAGCAGAGCUUGGUUCUCCCACCGGCGACGAGGCUUACGUCAACUAUCCGCCUUGCUCAACUUAGUAGUUUUCGUUGCUAAACUUUGUUUAUGGGUUGAUCGAUUUGAUUGAGUGAAGAUUAAAACAUUGUUGCUUGGGCUCUAUCCUUCCACCAUUGUCCUACUCUCAUAGUUUGGUUUAUGAUGGAUCGUAAUUGGAUGUAUGGACGGCGGAAAAAACGAUCCUCUACCUCCGGAGUUGUUCCAUUACAACUCGAUUGAUGACACGUGUGGAUCCAUUAUUGAUAGAAAGGAUUUGAAGGAGCUGUUGGAAUGCGACUCUAUCGAGAUGGGCGUCAUAUUUGCUUUCAUUCUUUGCUUGUCGUCGAAACUGGAAGAAGCUGGAGUUGAUGAUAUUGCAUUUUUAUGUCCAAAUAAUUGCUCCUAUACUUCACUUGAGACUGAUUAUGAUGGCACUACGUCGUAUCUGAUGAGAAAUUUAGAUGACCUGUUUGAUCAAAGAUUAAUUUUGUUGCCAUAUAAUCAAGGAUAUCAUUGGAUGUUAAUUGUUAUUUGUCCUGCGGUGAAUAAAGGCUAUAUCAUAGACUCUCUCCCGGGAUCAUGCGAUAUAAGCACUAUGCAGAAAGAAUUAACGAUAGCAUUCAAGAUUGCUUCUUCUUCCCAAGGAAACGGAAAAUCUAUUAAAUGGGAAAAUCUUAAGUGUGCGAGACAAGUUGGAGCGAAAGCAUGUGGAUAUUACGUGAUGCGUUUUUUGUGGGAGGUUUGCUUUGUUCAUCAAGGAAGUAGUGAUAUUGGAAAGGAUUGGAUAUCAAGGUCGGAAUCAUAUUCUUCCGAAGAAAUUGAUGAAAUUCGAAAUGUUUGGUGUGGGCAUUUUAUGGAUGUAAUAAUGGAGUUGUAGAUUUAUUUGGGCAAGUUGUUUGUGUAACUAUGACUUUGUUAUAUCGCUAUAAUUUAGUACUUAAAUUGUUAUGUAAUUUGAAUUGAUAUGUUUGGUUUGAAAGAAUUUGUAUUAAUUUUUUUUGUUAAACAGGUGAUGUGUUAAUAAUUUAGUUUUGAUUUAAAAAAAAACAAUUUUUAC